CACCCUAAAUUUCAUCAUAGUCAGCUGGAAGAAAAGUUGGAGAAAUUACAAAAACAAAUCUUUCGAAACCUAAUGUGAAUUAAUUUUGUAAGAUUAAUUCAUAAUUGAUUAAAGUUGGUUGCCUUUUUAACGGAAGUCGUCAAAUGUAAUGUAUAAUCAUUAAAUAUAUCUUUAUCAUUCAAGAAAAACCAAUUAAGCAUCCAGUGUAAAUCUUGAAGAGUAGAGAUCUAGACAGCAAAACGGCAGGCAGAAGCAGUAUGCGUCGAGCCCGCGAAGGCUACCAGUAUCAGCCAAUACCUCGUGCUCCUACCGACGAUGUUCUUGAACACGAAAAUGAAAGGAUGGCAGAAGAACUCAGUGGUAAAAUAAGUACACUAAAGCAUAUGUCUAUAGAAAUAGGCAAUGAAGUCCGAUACCAGGAUAAAAUAUUGCGAGGCCUCGACGACGAUGUUGACAGGAGCUCUGGCUUCCUUGGGAAAACUAUGGGCAGGGUGCUGAAGCUGGGAAAGGGCAAUCAUAAUUACUACAUAUUUUAUCUGUUUUUGUUCUCAAUUUUCGUUUUCUUUUUGCUCUAUAUUGUUUUGAAGUUUAGGUGAUCUCAAAAAAUGUUACAGUAUGAAUAUUGCCCCGAAUUUUCAUUCCUUGAUUAUGUAUAUUUAUUAUUUACUUGUAAAUAAAGUGUAAUACAUUUAACUA